AUGGGCACGAGCGCGGGACGGAACAUCGCAUAUCACGUGGGGCUGCGCGCGUGCGCCGCCACCGCCGCGGCCGAUCUGGAGCCUUUGGUGAUCAGAGGCCUGAUCUUGCACCACCCCUUCUUUGGUAGGUCCCGGAGGACCGAGUCGGAAGUGAGGCUGUUCAACAACUCAAUCCCACCGGUGAACGUGGCGGAUCUGCUGUGGGAGCUGGCGCUGCCGGUUGGUGCCGACCGGGACCACGAGUAUUGCAAUCCGACGUCUGUGGACAGAUCAGAGGAGUGGGAGAGGAUGAGAGCGAAGGGGUGGCGAGCGGUGGUGGCGGGCAGUGGCGGAAAUCCGCUGAUAGAUCAGUAG